CGAGAAGGGCUAACUACCAACGUUCUGAGCCAUCGGAAGACGCGUUGCCUUCUCCCAUACGUACCGGCACUUCGGGUUCGAAUCGAACGCGCCGAUCACCAGUUGAAACCCGCUCGCGUCAUGGCAUGCCGGAGCAACAAGUGUCUCGGCAAUCGUUUAUCUCUAUCGCAGACACCGAUGAGCAGCCAGAGAAUGAGGAGACGAAUGCCGAUGUCGAUGCGGAUUUCGAGGCGGCGGUUCUUAAAAUACGCCAGAUUGUAGCCGCGAAAGCUGCGACAGAUACGGAGAAUAGACGCUUGAAAGACGAGAACAAGGAUCUGCGAACACAAAAUACAGGUUCUGAGUCGGACAAAAUAAGGAUACGGGAACUGGAAGAGCAAGUUAGAUUGUUGAAAGAGAGAAUCUCCAGCAUUCAAUCCAUUACCCGACUGACGGGGAUCUGGUGA